AUUCAUGUUUUACAAAAGUUAAAGAGAUUGAUUAUUUAAAGAAGUUGUUUUUAAAGAAUUAGUAUUUGCGUAUUUCAUUCGAUAUUUGCGCAUAAAAGUAAUUUACUAUGCAUAGAAUCAUUAAAUUAUUUAAUAUCUUCGUUUUGAUUAAUACGAUACCACGACUGAAAACCACAUACAGAAUAUAUACCAUUGUAACAAGGAGAUUUUUACAAUUAAUUGCUCAAUACUAGGUAUGUAAUAAAAUCGAGCAUUAAUAUAGAUUAUGAAGUUAAUGUUAUGAUUAUUUACAUGGUAAUGUUAUAAGAAAUACUACUAAUAAAUAUUUUACUUCCACUGUUGGAAUAGUUUAAAUAUAAGAUAUGUAUGUUUACAGAUGUUGAAAAUUUUAUCAAAAGUGUCAUUUCUCAAACCGCAUAGUAGUUGUGAUAAUAUUGUGCAGAUAAGUUUGAGGUUUUUCUUUUUUUUAUUUUUUCCGUUUCCACUUCUUUUCUCUUUGUUUAAUAACUCCUUGUUUUUUCAAGAAUAUAAAAUACGAGAGCAACGAACGAAAACUAUAAUUUUGUCGACGGAAAUCAAACUUUCGUGUUAGGUGCAUAAAAUAUUAUCGUUUAAAUUUACAAUACCAGUGUUACGCACGAAUUGCAGAUGGCUGAAUUGUCGAGACCGAAAGUGUGCGUGAUAGGAGCUGGCGCAGCUGGCCUUUGCGCAGCAAGACAUUUCGCGCCAAAUUCAAAUUUCGAAUUGAAAGUUUACGAACAAACGAAUGAUAUCGGCGGCACAUGGAUUUACAAAGAAAAAACUGGAGUCGAUGAAAAUGGUUUGCCCGUUCAUUCGAGCAUGUAUCGGGAUUUAAGAACCAAUUUGCCAGCGAAAAUUAUGAAUUUCCCUGAUUACCAGAGACUGAACGCCGAAGAGCCUUGUUGCGUGACGCAUCAGGAAGUUCGAACUUAUUUACAAAAUUACGCGAAACAUUUUGAUUUAUUAAAAUAUGUUCAAUUCAAUGCAAGGGUAGAAUCUGUUCGAUUAAAAAAAUCGAUCGAAAAUAAAGAAGAAUGGGUUGUUCGAAUAAAAAUGUUAAGAACGAAGCAAGAAGAAGAAAUUAUUUUCAGCGCUGUGAUUAUUUGCAACGGACAUUAUUUCGAUCCUUAUGUUCCAACUAUACCAGGAAUGGAAAAUUUCUCGGGUACCGUAAUGCAUAGCCAUUCAUACAGAAAACCGGAAGAUUUCUCCGGUAAAAGCGUUUUAAUUUUGGGCGCAGCAGCCUCUGGUAUCGAUAUUGCCCUCGAUCUGGUUAACCACGCAACUCGAAUAUAUUUGAGUCACAAUAACGAAAGGUUAAAUAGCAAUUUACCAUCGAAAAUAAUCGAGGUGUUGGGAGUGGAAAGAAUAGAGAAAGAAAGAAUUUUCCUGAAAGAUCAAAGCUUCGUCACAGCGGACGUAUUCAUGUUUUGUACAGGAUAUCGAUACAGCUUUCCAUUCUUGGACGAAAAUUGUGAAAUACGGGUGGAUAGCAAUUUUAUAACUCCUUUGUACAAACAUUUAAUCAAUAUUAACCAUCCCUGCAUGUGCAUCGUUGGCGUACCGACUGUCGUUGUUCCAUUUCCCAUGUUUCAUAUGCAGAUCCAAUAUUUUCUCGCACUGUUAGAGAAAAGAAUAAGUUUACCGGCGAGGUCGAUCAUGCUGGAAGAUUCGAAAUUGAAGACAUCGAAGAAAAGGCACGCGCACAAAUUAAUGGACAAACAAUGGGAGUACAACGAUUCGUUGGCUGAUGCUGGAGGUUUCGAUCGUUUACCAAAGUUUUAUAAGCUUGGUUACGAAGUGUGGUCAGCUCGGAGGAAAAUGAAUCUUUCGAGCUAUAAGAAAGCCAGAUUUGUCGUAUCCAGUGACGAAGAGAGCGUCGAGUUGAUCAUACCGAGUCAAAGUGUGUGAGAAACAUAAAAAUACAUUUUUGC